AACGGCGGUUGUGAUCAUAUAUGUCAUAAUAGCGCUGGCAGUUAUGCCUGUUCAUGUCGCACUGGUUUCAUACUUUCAUCCAAUGGUCAUACUUGCCUCGACAUCGAUGAAUGUUUCGAUGGUCUGGCGAAUUGUAGUUCUAUUUGUGUAAAUCUUCUAGGUUCUUAUGCUUGUACCUGUGAGGCUGGUUUUGAGUUGGCUGACGAUCAAAAGACUUGCUUGGAUGUGGACGAAUGUGCCUUGGGACGUCACGACUGUUCUCAUGAGUGUGUUAAUGUAGAUGGCGGCUUCCAGUGUACCUGUCCUCAGGGUUACUAUUUGGGAGAGACCCGUUCCGUGUGUCUCGAUAUAGAUGAAUGUAUUGUAACAGAUCAUGGUUGCAGUCAUAACUGUUACAACACCCAGGGUUCUUAUAUUUGUGCAUGUCCCGAUGGUUUUACUCUCUCGGCAGAUGGUAAAAAAUGUUUAGGUGGUCGUUGCGAUACAGACAAUGGUGGCUGUUCCCACUUGUGUGAUCCAGAAAAGGGCUGCGCCUGUCCUCUAGGUUGGACUUUGGGAGCUGAUGGAAAAACUUGUGAAGAUAUUGACGAAUGUUUAGAUCAAAAUGGCUAUUGUCUGCAUAAAUGCCACAAUACUCUUGGCUCCUUCGAAUGUCGUUGCCCUGAUGGUUCUAAACCUGCCCAUGGUGAAGACGCUUGUCCUAUAACUUGUCCCGCUGGUUUCACCUUUAGCCGUGAUGAUCCCUCCAAGUGUGAGGAUAUCGAUGAAUGUUCCCUGCCGGGUGUUUGUCAAUAUGAUUGCCGUAAUACUAAUGGUUCCUAUGAGUGUCUCUGCCCCAGUGGUUAUAGGCUGGAGAAUGGACGUGAGUGUGUAGAUAUCGAUGAGUGUUUGGAAAAUAAUGGCGGCUGUUUGGGAGGUUCCUGCAUCAAUCACAAUGGUGGUUUUGAGUGUAAAUGCCCCUUGGGUUAUAGCUUGGCUAACGAUAGAAAAACUUGUGAAAAGCGUGUAGAAUCCCGUGACCAAUGUCAGCCUUUUGAGGCGCCAGCAAAUGGAGAAAUCCACUGCACCAAAUAUCGUCACAAGAAGAAACGUUUCUAUAACACCAAAUGUAAGGUAUGGUGCAAUCAAGGUUAUCGUCUAGAAGGACCCAGUCAUAGGCAUUGUAAUGCAUCCGGCCAGUGGGAUGAUCAUGAGAAUAAAUGUUUGCCAAUUGUAUGCCCACGUAUUCCAACGCCAAGAAAUGGUGUCAUGUUGCCGCAAUCAUGUUCUUUGGGUUCAACUUAUAUGGGCGAACAGUGUCGCCUUAAGUGUAACGUUGGCUUUAUGCCAGUAGGAAAAUCAGUAGCUGUCUGCACCUCACAAAUGAAAUGGUCCUAUGAGGGUACAUUUGAGUGUGUGCCAAUGCAUAUCGACACACGACUAGAUGGCACAAAUGAUUUUACACCUUCCUUUAUGCCAACGCUACACAAACAACCAUUGCCCAGCAUACAGACUACGUACCAAACACGUCCUUUGCCCAAUUUAGCCUGGAAGCCACCCACAUUUGGAGGUGCAGGUGCUGGAACUGGUGUUCAAAGACCAUAUAUUAAGUGUCCUCGUAACACCACCGUAUUUUUGGCCAAUGGUGAACGUACUACCCAUAUUAUCUUAGAGAAACCUGUUACCAAUUUGGAUUACCGUUACAUUGAAUCAUCUCCUGCUUGGACUCGCGAUUUGCAAGCUCAUUUAGGACCUGGCAGCUAUAAUGUCGUAUUCCGUGGUCAUGAUCCUAUUACUGGUAGAAAAGCUCGUUGUAAGACUGUUAUAAAUGUAAGACAUGCCGAAGGACCAAAAAUUGUUUUCUGCACAUCAUCAUUUGAGGUGCAAUUGGCUGAAAAUCAGGCUUAUCGCUCCGUAGUAUGGGAAGAGCCCCGAUUCGAAAGCAAAUAUGGCUUAAAGAAAAUCUACAAAUCCAGGAUUCCUGGUGAAUUAUUUGGUAUGGGAGUCCACACUGUCUUUUACGAGGCCACCAAUGAUGAUGGUUUAACUGCCAAAUGUGAAUUUAAAAUCAAUGUUAAAGAAGCUCAUCCCUCUAAAAAACUACCUAUGCCUUCCAUCAAUCUCACCCCCAAUAAAGCCGACUCUUCUUCAAGUGUUAGCAAUAACUUAAAGUACACCAGUGGCUUACAUCCAGUUAACAUGGUUUCACCACCGGUAUCGCACACCGUUAUGGCCCCUGUUACUCACACCGCCAUGUCACCAGUUGGACAUAAUGCCAUGUCACCUGUUACCCACAACGCCAUGUCACCUGUUUCUCAUCCUUCCAUGAUAAAAGCUCAACUUUUGCCUGGCCAUGAAUCGUUUAUAAUUUGCCCUGGCCAAAAACCUGUUAAGGUUACACAUGCCCAAUCUGUCGAUUUGCCACCCAAUUGUUACUUGAAGAAUGUACGUCUCAAUCCCUUCCGCCAGUUUAUGUCUCAACGCCUUAUGCCUAGACUUUGGAACUCUUAUUAUUUUUAAUAUUGUCUUAAGAAACGAUUAAACUUUUUUUAUUUUCAUAAUAUUUGUAUAUUUACUAGCAGUUAAUAUAAGUUUCCAAUUUGUAUUUUUUGUAAAGAUCCAUUAAGAGAAUUUGCAUUUGUAAAUUAUAAGAUUUUUCUAAUAA